AUGGAAGCCGAUAGCACAAUCGCCUCACGCCUUGUCCCAAUUGCUCCCGCGCCUAGGGCAACCUCUGCUGACGUGCAGAAUGGCUGCGACACACAUUUGCCCACAAUGCGCUUCAACUGCCAAGCUUGUGUACGGAAAAAAAUCAAAUGCGAUAGGGUUGCGCCAACAUGCUCAAGCUGCAGCAAAGCAAAGCUCCAGUGCGUCUACCAAGCUCCCCUGCCGCGCAAGAGGAAGCGAAGCCAGGUCGAAGAGGUGUAUGAGCGUUUAGCACGGUACGAACGGAUCUUGCAGGAACACCAUCUUCUCCCUACGAACUCUACAUCAACCCCAUGCGGCAAGGAAGCAGAGGUCUCGGUGGUCAGCACACGGGGCCCACCCCCUGUGCAACCUGCUAGGUCGGGUAAACUUCUUUCCACCGAGGGCAAGUCUCGCUAUAUUGACAAUGUUCUCCUCCUUGAUGCCGGAGAAGGCGACUUGUGUGAAUUAUCGGAUUCAGACCAAGAUGACUACAACGACGCCACUGGAGCUGAUGAGGGCACACAGACUGGACUUCUAGGCGUCCUCGCAGCACAUACAGUCUCUGGGGCAAUACUUGAAAGCACCCAGAGCCUCACUAACCAACAUCCCAGCUAUGAGGAGGCUACAAAGCUCUGGAAUGCGUACGUGCAAAAUGUCGAGCCUCUUUGCAAGGUUCUUCAUGUUCCUACUGUCGCAAAGAUGGUCGACACAGUUUCAAAACAACCUGCUGGGGCCUCGAAGAGUGACGAAUGCCUGCUUUUUGUCAUCUACUAUUUUGCUGUGUUCUCCAUGCCAGAUGCCGACUGUCUGCAAGAGUUCAACCAAACGAGGAACCAUUUGAUGUCGAGAUAUCGGACGGCUGUUUGUCAGGCACUUGUCAAUGCGUCGUGGCUGAAGACUACAGCGAUGCCCGUACUCCAGGCUUACACUCUCUUCCUCAUUGCCAUGCGCACUCAAAUUGAUUCUCAAACGUUUUGGAUAUUGACAGGCGUUGCGAUUCGCCUCGCACAACGCAUGGGGCUGCACCGUGAUGGUGAAAGCUUGGGAUUACCACCCUUUGAGGUCCAGAUGCGACGGCGGCUCUUUUGGCAACUGCUUCCACUGGAUGGUUAUGCGGGCCAGGUUUGCGGCACUGGGAUCUCCAUAUCGCCGAAUAGCUGGGAUACCAAGCCACCGCUGAACAUUAACGAUGACCAGAUCUUCCCUGGUAUGAAGCAGCAGCCUCAAGAGCAAAGGGGCGCUUCGGAGAUGAUCUUCUGCUUGUCGCGGAUUGAACUGUCCAAUUUCUAUACCCGAACGGGUGUUAAAAUGAAGGAAUCUGGUGGUACAGUUCAAUUCAAGGAUGCAGAGGAGAUUGAGAGGCUCAUCGACGAGGUCGAAGAUGUCAUUGAGACAAAGUUCCUCCGCUACUGCGAUAUACUGAACCCCCUACACGUUUUCACCAUGGGAAUUGUACGAUCAGCCACCAAUGCCGUCCGACUGCGUGCUCGAAUGCCACUACUCCUGACGCAAACCAUUACCGACGCGCAAAGAAGAGACCUCUGCACUCUCGCAGGAAAGAUCCUGGAUACAAACAGCGCCAUCUACGGCAACCCCAGCAUAAAGAAGUUCCGAUGGCAGAUGCAAGCCUUCUUCUUGUGGGAUGCCCUUCUCUGUAUCCUGCUUAGCCUCGCAGAAGUCGGAUUCUACUCGGCGUCGGAGCUAAACACGACCUGGAACAAGGUUGCAGAAGUCUAUUCGAAUCACGAAGAACUCGUCAAGCGCAAGAGAACCCUGCACGUCACCAUUGGCAAGCUAACCCUCAAGGCCUGGACUGCUAAUCCCCCCAUUAAUUCGUCCCAAGAGCCAGCUUUCAUAACUGCGCUUAGGGCCCGACAUAAACCGAAAGUCAACAAGCAGCGGGAGAGCGUUGAUGAAAGGGAGAAAACCGACCAGGUUGCGGACGGUGUGUUUGCUUCUAAUGAGCUUUUUGGCGACAUUGAUGGAAGAGACUUGGAUCUUGAUAGUGGCUUCACUUUCGACUCUCCAGAUUGGGUCGUCUGGGAUCAGCUGUGUCGAGGAACUAGUCUAGACUGA